AUGGCAGACGCAGCCAGCUGCAACACUUGCGGCAAGUCAGCAUCCAGCGAGCUGACCCUGAAACGCUGCGCCAGAUGCAAGACGAAGUGGUACUGCUCGCACGACUGCCAGAAAGCAGACUGGAAGAACCACAAGAAGGCCUGCGGCAAGAGUGGCACUGAUGGGACCCCAAACAAUGACAACAACAACAACAACAACAAACCCACUGCGGAAGAUGCCACCCGUCGAUAUACCACCCCCCGCCCCAAGAACCUGGAAGUGUUUAUUGAGAAGCCCUUCCACGAGCUGCACAGCAAGACCUGGCUUCACAACCGUCCGAAGAACGAUGUCUACAAGCUCCUAAUCGACACGUACCGUAUGAAGAUGGAUGAUCAAUACACCUUCGAAGGCGAAGUUGACGUAGACUGCGUUUAUGGGGGUAAAAAGGACAGUCGCAUCGGGUUCCGCCGUUUCUUGAGAAUGGUGGAGAACAAAAGCGAGUUGCUUCCUCCCUGGUGGUCUCCUGAGCAUACUCAGGCGUGUAUGGCGUUCGGGUUGAGGCGACAGGCAGGUGACAUGUUGAGUAUGCUGGCUUGUGCUGUUGAAAAGAGCGAUAUCAUUGAGCACUACGAUGACCGUUUUAUGCCGAUGCAGUUGAGAAUGUUCGGGGAGCAGAUUUAUGGCAAAGGACCGGCCGGACACUCUGGAGCGGCAAUGCUCGCGUUCCAGAUGAUGAUUGAAGAAAACGAAGGAAAAACCACCGUGGUCACCUGA